AUGUCUGAGAUGACGGAGACCAGCAGCAGUAACCACGAUUCCACCGCAACCUGUUCGCGCGAGCAGCAGACCUCAGCCAAACGAAAUGCUUUUACAGAGCUCCUCUCGUCUCGUCAAAAGCAGCUGAAACAGACGAGUGGCAGUUUAUCGUCCGGCAGCGUCCCUCACGGCCGAUCUGGAGGUCGCGAUGGCCUGGGCGCAUACAUUUCCAAACCAGAGACCUUCCCUCCCAGUGUAGUGGUCUAUUACAAUGACGACUUUGUGACAAUCCACGACAUGUUCCCUAAAUCUUCGCUCCAUCUCCUCCUACUCCCUCGCGACCCCACGAAGACCCGUCUCCAUCCAUUCGAGGCUUUCGAGGAUCCCGAGUUCCUUGCCAAGGUCAAAGCGGAGGUCCAGAAGCUUCGACACCUGGCUGCGAGUGAGUUGCGACGCCUCUACGGAAAAGAUUCUGCGCAGGAGCAGGCCAGACAAGCCGCACUGACUGCGGAAUCGCCGCCAGACGACCUACCCCCGGGUCGGGAGUGGGAACAAGAGAUUAUGUGCGGUGUGCAUGCCGUCCCUUCAAUGAGCCAUUUGCACGUCCACGUCAUAUCAGUGGAUAGAUACAGUGAGCGAUUGAAGCAUCGAAAGCAUUACAAUAGCUUUGCAACUCCGUUCUUCGUGCCGAUCGGUGACUUCCCGUUGAAACCCGAAGAUGUGCGCAGGCAUCCGACGAGAGAAGGCUACUUGAAACGAGACUUUGUGUGCUGGCGUUGUGGUCGGGGCUUUGGCAACCGUUUCGCGGAACUCAAGACCCAUCUUGAAGAAGAGUUUAUAGAAUGGAAGAAGGCAUAA